AUGAAGCGUCCGGUGCGGCUGAUUGUAGCAGGAUCGCUUCUUGUGAUGGCGCUCGUGGGGAUUACCGUAGCUUCAGCCGCGUACUCAACGUCGUGGGGUCUCUUUGUCCUAUUCCCGUACGUGUUACUACCCAUGACAGCAGCUGCAUUCUCAACUUUGGCAGGAGGCGACGAAUUGAGCGCCUGGACAAACUUUGGAUGCUUUUUUGAGGCGUUUCUAUGGACCAGCACGUUUGCGAUACCUUCUAUUUUGUAUCGAGCUGACGCGCUUAUUUUACCUCAAGUGGGCUGGCUGAUGGCGUCAAAUGUGCUCGUGUUUGCAUCCUUCAUGAGUUUGGCGUUGACCAAUGAGGACUGA